AAGAUGGAUUUCAAGUGAAAAUCUAAAGACCUCAUCUAUUUUGGAGUGGCGGAAGUUCCUAGUAACAUACGUAAGCCAAUGGAUUCUCACCAGGAGCAGAUCUCACAUUAAACUACAAUAGUAGCGAAGCAAGUGUUGGGGAUCACAGCGUCACAUCGAGACAUGGAUGUGGAGUGAGACCACCAUUAUAGGAGGGGGUCACAGUGAACUAUAAUGAAUCGUUCAUCCCAUCAAUACCGGCAGAUAGCAACGGGGAAGCGGUUUGAGAUUAGAACAGUUGCUUACUGAGCACAUACACUAUCAAUAGGCGAUUAUCGAGUUGUUUCAUUACAUGUGCAGACAUAUGAACGACCAUUAAGAGUUUCCAACUGGUUCGACAACUUGUUUUUUGAAAGCUAACACUAGAACUCGACUUUACGACGACUAUAGCUCUUCUCACAACCACAGGAGACCCUACCCCUCAAAAUGAAACACUGUUCUUCAGUUUUGUAGUCUCCUAAGGCGAGAGUGAGUUGUCACGAAACACGAUUACAGUAGAUCACUUACUAGUAGAGGUCUCUAAUUUAUGUGCUUUACUGCGAAAAAAUUAUAAUGUUGGUAAGUUGGUUGGAGCACCUUAAAAUCUAGUUCUAUAUCCGUUUGGAGGCAAGCUCGGCCCAUACGCAAAAGCCUUCUGGGCAUAUAGUCCAGACCAAGUGAGGCCCAAAAAUUUUUCAUUUCCGUUGCCGGGACUUGAACCCGGGUCUUUCGGGUGAGAGCCGAAUAUCCUGACCAACUAGACUACAACGGAGGUAUGACCUUAAAGUUAUACACUAGCUAUAUAAAAAUGGAGAAUCUAUUUCUUUGGUAAAAGUUCAGACGCUGUCAAAGUCGCAAACUGACGAAAACUCUCGGAAUAGGAAAGUGUGAGAAACUAUAGGGGUAAGUGAAACCAGCCGAAGCAACGGAGCUGCUGAAACUUCUCACUUCUCAGUCCUACAAUGGCGGCUUUCAAGCACAUCACCGUCGGCGUCUGCAGUCCGUCUCCGAGACUCAUCGUCCCUUCCUCCGUCUCGCCUCCGCUGUCUCGCACGCCGCCGAGAAAGCUCUCCAGGGUCUCCACCAUCACCUGCUCCUCCAGCAAAUGGGCCGAGCGCCUCCUCGGCGACUUCCAGUUCUUCGCCCCCGCCGCCACCGACCCUUCUUCCGAGCUACAACAACAAAACUCCUUCUCUUCUUCCUCCACCACCGCCACUCUCCCUCCUCCACCUCUCCCUCGUCCCCCGCCUCUCGCUCCUCCCGAGCGCUACGUCUCAAUUCCUCUCGAUUUCUACAAGGUUUUGGGAGCUGAGACGCAUUUCCUUGGAGAUGGAAUCAGGAGAGCGUACGAAGCUAGGGUUUCGAAACCGCCUGCCCACGGCUUCAGUCAAGAAGCUUUGAUCAGCCGUAGACAGAUUCUUCAAGCAGCGUGCGAGACUCUUGCCAAUUUCAAUUCCAGGAGAGAAUACAAUCACGGCCUUAUUGAUGAUGAGGAGGACACUGUCCUUACUCAAGUUCCCUGGGACAAUGUACCUGGGGCUCUCUGUGUGUUGCAGGAAGCAGGGGAGACCGAGCUGGUUCUGGAACUUGGUGAGACUUUGCUUAAAGAAAGAUUGGCCAAGGGGUUCAAGCAAGAUGUGGUGUUGGUAAUGGCUCUUGCCUACGUUGAAAUGUCGAGGAAUGCUAUGGCGUUCGACCCACCUGACUUCAUUGGGGGGUGUGAUAUGCUAGAGAAGGCCUUGAAGCUCUUGCAGGAGGAAGGAGCAAGCAGCCUUGCCCCUGAUCUUCAGGCACAGAUAGAUGAGACUCUGGAGGAGAUCACCCCUCGUUAUGUUCUAGAACUUCUAGCAUUGCCCCUUGAUGAUGAAUUUCGGACGAAAAGAGAAGAGGGUCUCCAAGGACUGCGUAACAUAUUGUGGGCUGUUGGAGGAGGUGGAGCAUCACCGCUUUCUGGUGGGUUCACUCGUGAAGAUUUCAUGAAAGAGGCCUUCUUGCACAUGACAUCUUCUGAGCAGGUUGAUCUAUUUGUAGCCACUCCACCAAACAUUCCACCUCAGAACUUCGAAGUGCAUGGAGUUGCCCUUGCACUAGUUGCCCAAGCUUUCAUGGGUAAAAAGCCUCAGCAUAUACCAUAUGCUGACAAUCUAUUUGAGCAACUCCAACAGACAAAUAAUGCAAACAGUCUGAAAAACAACCGCGAGAUUGAGUUUUCACUAGGAAGAGCUCUGUGUUCUCUGCUUUUGGGUGAGCUGGAUGAUUGUCAUGCAUGGUUAGGGCUAGAUCAGGUUGACUCACGUUAUAGAAACCCAGCAGUUGUGGAGUUUGUGCUGGAGAAUUCGAAUCCUGAUGAUGAAGACUAUCUUCUUGGGCUUUGUAAGCUGUUGGAGACCUGGUUAACAGAUGUGGUUUUUCCCAAGUUUAGAGAUACCAAAGAUGUAGAGUUCAGGCUUGGAGACUACUAUGAUGAUCCUACUGUCUUGACCUACUUAGAAAGCCGGGAGGGUGCUGGUCGAUCUCCCCUCGCUGCUGCUGCUGCUAUAGUAAGGAUAGGUGCUGAGGCAUUGCAGAAGGUUUUUCCUUUGGGCAGCCAAGACAGUGAUGAGUUCCAGGAAAAGAUUGAUAAUAAUAACAAUGGCACUGUAGUGGCAGAAUCUGUUGGUGAAAAGCUGAAGGAUGCUAGUGUGAAGGUCUUGUGCGCUGGAGUUGCAAUUGGACUGUUGACUUUAGUAGGAUUAAAGGGUAUGCCUCCAAGAGGCCGGUCUUUUGGCCAAGGAGAGAUUGACCAAGCAACGGCUUCUUCUGAUGUCACUGCUGAAGUAGACAACGUCACUGAAGCAUUGUCAAGACAGCAUGCAAGCUUAGCAGAAGGCAUAGUCCGAAAAUGGCAGAAUGUCAAGGCUCAUGCUUUUGGACCUGAUCAUUGUCUGGGAAAAUUGACAGAGGUAUUGGAUGGUCGAAUGUUGAAGCUUUGGACAGACCGAGCCGCCGAAAUUGCAAAGCUUGGCUGGGUAUACGACUGCACGCUAUUGGACUUGACCAUCAACAGUGUAACCAUGUCCUCAGAUGAACAACAUGCUGUGGUGGAAGCAACAAUAAAUGAAUCGAUCACCUUAACCGAUGCUGUUCACCCUACGAGCGGCCCAAACACUACGACCUACGCAACUAGAUACGAGAUCUCUCUUUCUGAUUCAGGAUGGAGAAUCACCGAAGGAGCAUUAUUGAUGUAAGGAAAAUCAAUGUGUUGAUCUAGUAGUGUAAGUAACUCUGCACCUUUGUCUAUAUAUAGUCUUCAAUAAUAUAGUCGAGCCAUCAUGAACUUUAUUCAAACGAAGAAAUGUCCUACGCGGAUGUUUUGCAGCCUGCAUCCAGUUUAGUUAGAAUUAUGUUGUUUUCAUGGGAGGUUUUCUCUCUUUGGUUGAUAAUUCCGGUUUCUCUUUUGUGAUUCAAAGUGAUUUAGUGCUGGUUCCUUGCCCAUUACCCUUCUUUUACCACGUACCAAGAAAAAGCGUGAAUAAACAGUGGAAGUGAGU